AUGUUAAGCGUGAUACGAACGGAUGUUACAAGUGUUAAGUUUUUCGGCAACUACAUACUAGCAGGUAUAGGGAGCUGGCUACAUGUGUUCUCCGAUAAUUCAAAUGUUUUAAAAGAUAAAGUGCAAGUCCUUACUGGUCAAAAAAUAUAUGGAAUUGUGCCACUGGAUAGUCUCGGCAAGAUAUUGGUCUUUGGUGGUAAACAACUUGAGCUUGUAGUUUAUGAUUCACUAAAAGAUGUUUUUACCUGCUCCUGCAAUCCAAUAGUUACUGAUGAUUGGAUUCAUUCAGUAAUUUGGAUAUCAAACAUUGAAGUUGCUGUGCUCACUGCUCAUAAUGUGGUUGAGGAAUGGAGUUUAGAAACUAGACUACUCCAAAAAAGGAAACUAUGUAAAGGUAACUCAAUAUUAUACUCAGGCUUACUUGUGCCACUUCAAGAUGGUCUAUUGGUAUUUAGCGGGACUGUGUUUUCUGAUAUUCUCAUAAGUUGUGCUGAAGAAGAACCUUUAUAUCAUCUAAAAGGACAUAAGGGUGUCAUAUUCUCUAUAAGUUGUCAACUAAAAAGCUCUACUAUAGUUUCAACAUCUGAUGACAGGUCUGUCAGAAUCUGGGGUGUUCAAUCAACAUCUACUGGUACUUAUAUUACUACAGAUUUUUGGAGAAAUUUAAAAAAUAUUAAUUGCUUACAUGAACUGUAUGGCCACGGUGCUAGAGUAAUGAGAAAUUGUAUUAUAAAUGAUUAUAUUAUAUCUGUUGGUGAGGAUUCAGGUAUAUGCUAUUGGGACCGCCACGGAAAUCUCUUAAGAAAGGUGAAAUCUCACACAAAUGCUUGUAUAUGGUCAGUAGAUGCUUCAGAUAACUACAUAGUAACAGGAGGAGGUGAUGGAGCAGUUAUCCUUCAUCCAUUAUCUAUUUUAAAUGAAUGCAAUAAAGCUCCAUCCACAUACAAUUUUGGUGUGAAAUUGCCAAAGAAAAUUGUAUUUACUGCAAAGCAAAACAUUGUUGUAAUGACAGAAAUGGGUGAAAUUAUUUAUUAUGACGUAAGCAGUAAUACCAAAAGUGAAUUUAAAUUGCACCAUGAGACAAAAUAUAAGCUAUUGAGUCUUUCUGCAUGCAAGCAACUUAUUGCUGUUGUAGAUAUGUGCGGUAAAUUUGAUAUUUUCUUUGAAGAUUGCAAAGAGAGUUAUUUAGGAAAUAUUGUAGAUACCCAACUUCAUAUUUGUAAAGUUAUGUCCAUGCACUGGACAGGUAAUAGACACAUAGUAUUGUGCACAGACAUGGGGGAAAUAACAGUGCUAACAGCUGGUUGCAUGGAGGUACACAUAUUUGCCAAAUUUAGCUUACCUUAUUGCAAAGAGCGCUGGUUAACAGCAGUCGCUAUAAAUGGCGACAAAAUAAUCGCUGGUGACAGAUGUGGAAAUCUACACGUAUUUGUCAGAGGCCAAUCGCAGCCCAUUAAAACUUUUAAAAAUAUCCACGGAAGGUAUGGCCCUACAUCGAUUUAUUUUAAAAAUAAAAAUUCAAUUAUAACAACUGAUAGAAGAGGUACUUUGAAGUAUUUCUCAUUAUAUGAACAUCAAAGUAGCAGGGAUUUAGAUUUCCAGUGGAUUGAAAAGUUUGUUGAUAAAAAUUAUAAUUAUGUUUGUGGCUUCCAAGAAAGAAUAUUUGUAGUCUUUGACAUUGUUAACAAUAGAAGAAUUUUAGAAGUCCAGUGUGGGGGUGGUCAUCGAUCCUGGGAUGUCGUUCAUUUCAUACAGAAAAGAGGAGAUCAUUUUAAUGAAUGUAUCACUUUUAUGUACAUCAAAGAGGGAAAUAUAUAUUCUCAAACGUAUCAGUUAAACAAAAUUGCACCAAAAAUAAUAAUUAAUGGAACACAUUCGAAAGAAGUUAACUGUUUAAAAUCAUACAAAUGUUCUUUGGCUACAUCUCUGACAUAUUUUAUAUCUGGUGGAGAAGACACGACCCUGCGCAUUACGAGUUUAAACCCACAGAACACUCUCAAAGAUGAACUUGUAUUUAGGCACUUGUCUAGCGUAAGAACUUUAAAAUUUGUAGAAUUAAAUGACCAUUCUUUACUAUUAGUCUCUGCAGGUGGCAGAGCACAAAUAUGUAUUAAAAAGAUAACAUUUCAGAAAUGUGAUGAUGUAAUGGACAUUUUUGCACAAGAACUACUAAAUUAUAUGAUUAAAGGGACGGAUCGCGAUCGAAUUGAGAGUAAACGAAAAGGCCUUUUAAAUGAUUUUGAUCCUGAAACGAGAGUCAUGGAUUUGGAAAUUUCAAGCUUAGAUAAUGAAGAAUUCUUCAUAUACGCGGGUUGUUCAGAUGGAAAAUUGAGAGUGUACAAGUACAAGCUUAGUGGUAAUAUCCUGGAUUUCGUUGAGUAUGAUCAAGUAGGAUUUUGCAUAUUGAGGACGAAAAUGUUGGAUAUGGCCACAGAAAAACUUUUGAUAAAUUGUACAACGAACAAUUUAAAGAUCGCCAAUAUUUCCAAUAAAGGUUAUGUUAAUUUAAAUUGUCAUAAAUCAGGAAUAAACAGUUUGGCUAUUAAAGUAAUUUCUGAUAGUACAUUUCUGAUGGCAACCGGUGGGGAUGAUAAUGCAGUAUCGUUGAGAAAAGUCAGCUUUGGACAUUCUCAGGAAGAUGAAUCGUGGAUUAGUAAUGCAAGCCACUGCUCGCAAGUGACUGGGGUUAUUUUAAUAGAUAAUCUGCUGGUGUCCGCUUCUAUUGACCAAAGGGUGACAGUGUUUGAGUGGACACUUGACGGUGGACUCCAGUGUGAGUUCAAGCUGCAAGUUUUUACCGAUAUUGCGGAUGUCCAGGGCAUUGAGCUUUUGUCAAGUCACAAGAACUCCCUAACAGUGUGUGUAUUUGGCAAGGGAAUGGAAGUGAUGUCGAUACCGCGCCCUUCACUCAAAUAA